AAAUGGGUUGGACCUGUCUUCAUCUUCAGUGAGCUGGAUCCUUUGGGGGAAAAAACACCUACACAGAUGAUGACUGAGAAGCAGCUAGACAUCCUCGGGCUGUCCAGGCUGAAUGUGGAGGAAGACAGCAGCAGCAGCAGUGGGGACCAGGGCGCCUGUCACUCCGCUGGACACAUCUCCAUCGAAACUGUGAUGGUAUCUGGGGAGGAAGGAGCUUUGUCAGGGAGUUCUUGGGAGACCUACAAGUGCAGCCAAGGUGGGGGAAGCUUCUCCCAAUAUACUGGAGGCAGCAGAGGAGGUAUGGACAGUGAGGUGGAGGGCCCUCUUGGUGCUGGGGCAGAAGAGGAAGGAGGGUUAUGUGGGCAGAGUGGAAGACGGGCAUCAACGGGCCUGCCUGCUAUGGAGUGGCAGCUCCAGCUACAGGCCCGGAACAAUCAACCAGAGCAGAUUUCAUUGGUCUCAGAGGACGGCUACCCUCCCAUGAUGCUGGAUCUGGACAGUGUGGACACCAUUGACAGUGGAGUCUUUGUUGAGUCUGACUGUAGCAGUCCUGUGAACACUAACUUUGAUUCUGAGGAGCAGAUAGACUCUGCUUUACUGAGUGGGGUAGGCAGUUCCCCUUCCGAAUAUGUCAAACAGUGGAUGACAGGUAAAACUAUGCAAGAGGACCCAACCAACUCAGGACAGAACAGAACAAUGUGAAUUCUCCCUCAUAUCCUCUGUCACUGACAGUGCUUCAGCAUAUUUGUAAAAUGCCUUACUCUCCCUGGCAUAGGUAUAUUGUUCAUAAUAUUUUUUUAAAAAGUGGAGUAUGAAUGAUUUCUUCCCAACAUAAAGAUUAUUUAUCAUGGUAAUACAAUAAUAUUGUUUUACAAUAGUUGUCAAAAUGUGUUAUGUAAAUAGAUGUAGAUAAGUCAUUUUGGCCUUCCCAGGCCUAGAUUUUGGCCUUCAUGUAAUUAAUUAUUUUCUACGGCUUCAUUUCUCAUGCAAUUUCCAUGUAGAUAGGAUUUUGUUUUUAUAUCAUGUUUGUUGUGCAUCUAAUGUUUCUUAUGUAUGUGACAAUGGAUCCAAUUGAGGAGUUUGCAUUCAUUUUCAAUCGCUUGUUAAAUCUUUAAAGGUACAAUCCGCAGAUGCUACAUCCAUUUUUUGACUUAUAAAUUAAUUAUAUUAACUCAUUUAUUCUUGAAGAAUAUCACUUGCAAUGCCUCAUGAGCUUAGUUCAACUGUCGUACCCCAUCAGAACCCAAAAUGUAAGCUUGUUUUAUUCCAAUGUUUGUAAACAUAGAAACAAAAACUGUAUAGCCUCAAAAUAUGCUUAAAACUAUAAUUUUUAGUUAUUGGAUUCCUUGCAUCUAUAGUGCUGUCUAUUAAUUUAUGAGUGGUUACAUUUCUCCAGGCCCAUCCCUCAGCUUUUAACAAAACAGAGGCUGGGACCGCUUUGUUAUUGUUUCAACUGAGAAUUGCCCACUAUUUAUUCUCAUAUGCAUGAUGAAGUCCCAUAGUGGUCAAAUAAUUCUUAUUAGGUUAUGGGAGCAUUCCAACAUUCAGAUAUUAGUCUCCUUUUUCUGUACGAUACAUAAAUGCAUCAGAAUACAGAUUUAGGUCUGCUUUAAUGCAGUAUUGUCAUUGUAUGCAAACUAAAUAGAUCAUUUAUCUUUGCCAUUCUCAUUUGCUGAUAAGAAAUUAUAGCUACGCGUGACUGUAAACUAAAAGCUUGGCAGCGGUAGGCUACAUCUGAUAAAUUGACUCGCCACUCUAGGUAUCGGAUUCUGUCAUUUGGAUAUUGCAAUUGCACUGUUAUCACAAUGAGUUAAACCACUGUUUAGUUUCCGUUAACAAUCUCUGAGAAGGGUGAGACAGAUUGAUUUGACUGCACUGAAGAGUAUGAUAAAUAAUUUUUUAUAUGAAUUUCAGGAAUAUUAUCAUAAACUAUAGCUUAGUUCAUUAUAUUCAUGAUGCUUGAAUAUGACUUAUACACCAACACAAAUCACCUUUUUUUAUUGCAAGAGUGUAGUGUGAAAUAGAAAAUAUUAGACAUACAGUACCAGUCAAAAGUUUGGACACACCUACAGUUGAAGUUUACAUGCACCUUAGCCAAAUACAUUUAAACUCAGUUUUUCACAAUUCCUGACAUUUAAUCCUAGUAAAAAUUCCCUGUUUUAGGUCAGUUAGGAUCACCACCUUAUUUUAAGAAUGUGAAAUGUCAGAAUAAUAGUAGAGAGAAUGAUUUAUUUCAGCUUUUAUUUCUUUUAUCACAUUCCCAGUGGGUCAGAAGUUUACAUACACUCAAUUAGUAUUUGGUAGCAUUGCCUUUAAAUUGUUUAACUUGGGUCAAACGUUUCGGGUAGCCUUCCACAAGCUUCCCACAAUAAAUUGGGUGAAUUUUGGCCCAUUCCUCCAGACAGAGCUGGUGUAACUGAGUCAGGUUUGUAGGCCUCCUUGCUCACACACACUUUUUCAGUUCUGCCCACAAAUGUUCUAUAGGAUUGAGGUCAGGGCUUUGUGAUGGCCACUCCAACACCUUGACUUUGUUGUCCUUAAGCCAUUUUGCCACAACUUUGGAAGUAUGCUUGUGGUCAUUGUCCAUUUGGAAGACCCAUUUGCGACCAAGCUUUAACUUCCUGACUGAUGUCUUGAGAUGUUGCUUCAAUAUAUCCACCUAAUUUUCCUUCCUCAUGAUGCCAUCUAUUUUGUGAAGUGCACCAGUCCCUCCUGCAGCAAAGCACACCCACAGCAUGAUGCUGCCAACCCAGUGCUUCACGGUUGGGAUGGUGUUCUUCGGUUUGCAAGCCUUCUCCUUUUUCCUCCAAACAUGACGAUGGCCAAACAGUUCUAUUUUUGUUUAAUCAGACCAGAGGACUGCUCCAAAAAGUACGAUCUUUGUCCCCAUGUGCAGUUGCAAACCGUAGUCUGGCUUUUUUAUGGCGGUUUUGGAGCAGUGGCUUCUUCCUUGCUGAGCGGCCUUUCAGGUUAUGUCGAUAUAGGACUCGUUUUACUGUAGAUAUAGAUACUUUUGUACCUGUUUCCACCAGCAUCUUCACAAGGUCCUUUGCUGUUGUUCUGGGAUUGAUUUGCACUUUUCGCACCAAAGUACGUUCAUCUCUAGGAGACAGAACGCGUCUCCUUCCUGAGCGGUAUGACGGCUGCGUGGUCCCAUGGUGUUUAUACUUGCAUACUAUUGUUUGUACAGAUGAACGUGGUACGUUCAGGCAUUUGGAAAUUGCUCCCAAGGAUGAACCAGACUUGUGGAGGUGUACAAUUUUUUUAUGAGGUCUUGGCUGAUUUCAUUUGAUUUUCCCAUGAUGUCAAGCAAAGAAGGUAGGCCUUGAAAUACAUCCACAGGUACACCUCCAAUUGACUCAAAUAAUGUCAAUUAGCUUUUCAGAAGCUUCUAAAGCCAUGACAUCAUUUUCUGGAAUUUUCCAAGCUGUUUAAAAGGCACAGUCAACUUAGUGUAUGUAAACUUCUGACCCACUGGAAUUGUGAUACAGUGAAUUAUAAGUGAAAUAAUCUGUCUGUAAACAAUUGUUGGAAAAAUUACUUGUGUCAUGCACAAUUACUUGUGUCAUUGCCAAAACUAUAGUUUGUUAAUAAGACAUUUAUGGAGUGGUUGAAAAACGAGUUUUAAUGACUCCAACCUAAGUGUAUGUAAACUUCCGACUUCAACAGUAUUCAUUCAAGGGUUUCUCUUUAUUUUUUACUAUUUUCUACAUUGUAGAAUAAUAGUGAAGACAUCAAAACUAUGAAAUAACACAUAUGGAAUCAUGUAGUAACCAAAAAAGUGUUAAACAAAUCAAAAUAUAUUUUAGAUUUUAAAUUCUUCGUGGUAGCCACCCUUUCUUUGCCUUGAUGACAGCUUUGCACACUCUUGGUAUUCUCUCAACCAGCUUCACCUGGAAUGCUUUUCCUACAGUCUUGAAGGAGUUCUCACAUAUAAUGAGCACUUGUUGGCUGCUUUUCCUUAACUCUGCGGUCCAACUCAUCCCAAACCAUCUAAAUUGGGUUGAGGUUGGGUGAUUGUGGCCAGGUCAUCUGAUGCAGCACUCCAUCACUCUCCUCCUUGGUCAAAUAGCCCUUACACAGCCUGGAGGUGUGUUGGGUCAUUGUCCUGUUGAAAAACAAAUGAUAGUCCCACUAAGCCCAAACCAGAUGGGAUGGCGUAUCGCUGUAGAAUGCUGUGGUAGCCAUGCUGGUUAAGUAUGCCUUGAAUUCUAAAUAAAUCACUGACAGUGUCACCAGCAAAGCACCCCCACACCAUCACACCUUCUCCUCCAUGCUUCACGGUGGAAACCACACAUGCAUAGAUAAUCCAUUCAUCUACUCUCACAAAGACACAGCGGUUGGAACCAAAAAUCUCAAAUUUGGACUCAUCAGACCAAAGGACAGAUUUCCACCGGUCUAAUAUCCAUUGCUCGUGUUUCUUGGCCCAAGCAAGUCUCUUCUUCUUAUUGGUGUCCUUUAGUAGUGGUUUCUUUGCAGAAAUUCGACCAUGAAGGCCUGAUUCACACAGUCUGCUCUGAACAGUUGAUGUUGAGAUGUGUCUGUUACUUGAACUCUGUGAAUCAUUUAUUUGGGCUGCAAUUUCUGAUGUUGGUAACUCUAAUGAACUUAUCCUCUGCAGCAGAGGUAACUCUGGGUCUUCCUUUCCUGUGGCGGUCCUCAUGAGAGCCAGUUUCUACAUAGCGCUUCAUAGUUUUUGCGAUUGCACUUGACACUUUCCGGAUUGACUGACCUUCAUGUCUUAAAGUAAUGAUGGACUGUAAUUUCUCUUUGCUUAUUUGAGCUGUUCUUGCCAUAAUAUGGACUUGGUCUUUUACCAAAUAGGGCAAUCUUCUGUAUACCUCCCCUACAAUGUCACAACACAACUGAUUGGCUCAAACGCAUUAAGAAGGAAAGAAAUUCCACAAAUUAACUUUUAACAAGGCACAUCUGUUAAUUGAAAUGCAUUCCAGGUGACUACCUCAUGAAGGUGGUUGAGAGAAUGCCACGAGUGUACAAAGCUGGUAUCAAGGGAAAGGGUGGCUACUUUGAAGAAUCUCAAAUAUAAAAUAUAUUUUGAUUUGUUUAACACUUUUUUGGUUACUACAUGAUUCCAUAUGUGUUAUUCUUGAUAUCUUCACUAUUAUUCUACAAUGUAGAAAAUAGUAAAAAUAAAGAAAAACCCUUGAAUGAGUAGGUUUAUCCAAAAUGUUUGACUGGUACUGUAGGUUCAUUAAAAUUUUAUGAUUGGUUAAUUUGAUAAAUUAGAUAGUAAUCAACUCUGUCACAGAGAGGCAUGCAGAAGGCGUGGAGAAGCAAACAUCUUUGAUAUGAUAAGAGGAUCUGACUUCCUCUCGUCACGUUAUUAUAGUGUCAUGAUGCUUGACUUCACUCACUCAUUCAUUCUCUCUGAGAGAUGCCCUAUCCACAAGACCCACGCACAAGGUAGUAUGGACCUUUCUCAGAAAUGUUUUCCAUUGUGUACUUUCCACAUGACGUUAAAAUGCAUAAUUUUGCACAUUAUACAUGACUUCUACAUGUUUUCCUGGUUUAGCCCUACAGACUCAUGCUAAAAUGAAGCUUCUGCUGGCACUUUGUGCCGUUUGGAACAUCAUCCAACUAUCAGAGGGCUGUUCUUCUGGAGGUACAGUACAAUAGUCCAUUCUACUAUCCAUUUUGUUCAUGUUCAGAUUCAUGUCCAGGAGUAAAAUAUCAUAACGUAGUGGACAUAGGUUGUGAUAAAAGGGUGUGUUUCUUUCCAGAAAUGACAGACCGACUCACCUGUGUAUCUGAUUAUUGGUUUACAAUUACCUGUACUUUGAGCAUCACUGACAAGCCUGCAGGUGUCAACUACACCCAAUACUGGUUGUAUUUCACCUGGUCUGAUGAAGAUGGGUGAGCCUUCUUGUGUGAUGAUGAUGCAUUCUUAUGUUAUGAAUCUCCUGGUUCUGUCAAUUACAUGGAAUGGAGAGACGAAGACGCAACAUUAAAUAAAAAAAUAGAUAAUGUGCACAUGCUGAGGAUAAAUAAUUUCCCAUAUAAUUUGAAUCACAAAAAUCAUAUUUUUUCCCCCCACAGGAUUACAUUCAAAUGUCCACUGGUGGAGAUGGUGGACAGUUAUGGUUGCACAUUUGUGGCACAUUUUGAUAAUAAUUUAAUGUAUCACGGCUCUUCAUUUAAUACCAUGGAUUGUUUCCAUGUACAUCUUUGUUAUAACAUUGACUGCCAAAUCAACUAUGACAACUUGACAGACUUUGAACCAUCAAAAAAUAGUAAGUUCCCUGUGAAGAUUAUGUUGAUUUGCAAUGCAUAG